AUGGAGCUGCCGGUAAAGUCACCGGUGGUGGCUGGAAAUGGCCGGAAAGCUUCAUACAAAAUAGAAACCAAGAAUCUUGCAUACAAAAGUUCCAAUCUUUAUGACGAAUCCAAGUGGGGUUCUCUUCAAAACUACUUCAAGAAACCUCCAAAGUUUAUCUUGAAUGAUGUGACAUGUGAAGCUCAUCCAGGCGUCCUCACCGCCAUCGCCGGACCCAGUGGGGCCGGAAAGACAACUCUGUUAGAUAUUCUCGCCGGAAAUAUCUCCUCCGGCCAAGUUUCCGGUCACGUUUUGAUCAAUAACCUUCCUAUUGAUACAAAACGGUUCCGAAGACUGGCUGGAUACGUCACUCAAGAUGAUGCUUUAUUCCCAUCUUUAACAGUUGAAGAAACGCUCAUGUAUAGUGCUUUUUUAAGGCUAAGGUGUGGUAGAAAAGAAGCGGUUGAUCGAGUCAAGAUUUUGAUAAACGAACUCGGUUUGGACCGAGUAUCGAGUUCAAGAAUCGGUGAGGGAUCGAACCAUGGGAUCUCGGGUGGUGAAAGGAGGCGUGUUUCAAUCGGGGUUGAGUUAGUUCAUGAUCCUUCGGUUAUUCUUAUCGAUGAACCAACUUCAGGGCUUGAUUCUAAUUCAGCUUUUGGUGUUGUUUCUCUUCUUAAAUCAAUGGCGAUUAGUAGAGAUAAAACAAUCGUGUUAACAAUCCACCAACCCGGAUUCAGAAUCUUGGAGCUUCUUGAUCGACUCAUUUUGCUCUCGAAUGGAUUCGUUCUUCAUAACGGAUCGUUAAAGUCGCUAGAACAUAGACUCAAAGUCUCCGGUCAUUUCAUCCCGCCUCGUGUCAAUGUUCUUGAAUUCGCCAUUGAUGUCGCCACCACCUUGAUCAUCGACACACCAAAAACACCGAUAGAACGAGUCAAGAACCAUGAAAAACCUGAAAAAGAUGGCGAAUUUCCAUACCCAAAUUCUCAUUUGGAAGAAAUAACGAUUCUUAGUGAAAGGUUCUUCAAGAACAUAUUCAGAACGAAACAGUUAUUCCUCACAAGAAUCAUUCAAGCUGUUCUUUCUGGCUUGAUCCUCGGAACCAUCUUCGUAAAAUAUGUCAACGAAUAA